GAAUCAAGAGAAAAGUGAAGCUGGGAGGAGAAGGCGGCAGAAGGUGGGGAUUGAUGCUUCUGUUUUUUGUUGCCGCUGCUGCCCUCGUGCUGGGAGCCGAGCCGGAGGGAAGGCGGUGGAGAGAUGAUUGCAGAGUUGGUGAGCAGCGCUCUGGGGCUCGCCUUGUAUCUCAACACCCUGAAUGCGGAUUUCUGCUAUGAUGACAGCCGUGCUAUCAAGACUAACCAAGACCUUCUCCCAGAAACUCCAUGGACACACAUUUUCUACAAUGAUUUUUGGGGGACUCUUCUAACUCACAGUGGCAGCCACAAGUCUUACCGGCCCCUCUGCACACUUUCUUUUCGCCUGAACCAUGCCAUCGGAGGGUUGAAUCCCUGGAGCUACCAUCUUGUCAACGUCCUGUUGCAUGCGGCAGUCACUGGUCUCUUCACGAGCUUCUCCAAGAUCCUCCUUGGGGACGGAUACUGGACGUUCAUGGCCGGCUUGAUGUUCGCCUCACAUCCCAUUCACACGGAGGCAGUAGCAGGAAUCGUGGGAAGGGCCGAUGUGGGCGCCAGUCUCUUCUUUCUCCUCUCCUUGCUCUGCUAUAUUAAACACUGUUCGACAAGAGGCUACUCAGCCAGGACUUGGGGCUGGUUCCUAGGGACGGGACUGUGUGCAGGAUGCAGCAUGUUGUGGAAAGAACAAGGAGUGACUGUUCUUGCCGUUUCAGCAGUUUAUGAUGUCUUUGUCUUUCACAGGCUGAAAAUGAAACAGAUCUUACCUGCCAUUUACAAAGGGAAGAACCUGUCUCUUUUUCUCAGCAUUAGUUUGUUAACUUUCUGGGGGACCUCUCUUUUGGGUGCCCGUUUAUACUGGAUGGGAAACAAACCACCAAGCUUUUCCAACUCUGACAACCCAGCUGCUGAUUCCGACAGCUUCCUGGCUCGCACCCUCACCUUCUUCUACUUGCCAACCAAGAACCUCUGGCUGUUGCUGUGUCCAGAUACCCUCAGUUUUGAUUGGUCCAUGGAUGCUGUGCCUCUGCUCAAAACAAUUUGUGAUUGGAGAAACCUACACACUGUGGCCUUCUAUUCUGGACUCCUCCUCCUUGCCUACUAUAGUUUGAAGAGCCCAAGCUUAGGAAAAGAAUGCAAUGAGAAGGUUGUAACAAAUGGCAAGCAGAAUGCAAAUGGCCAUAGCUGCCUUUCAGAUGCGGAAUACAGGAACUCAGAGAUUAAGCCCAGUAUUACAUCCAAAGUAGAAAAUGGCAUUAAAAAUAAUGUAUUACAGAGAACACAACUUCCUUCUACAGAGAACAUUGUUGUUCUGUCUUUAUCUUUGUUAGUAAUACCCUUUGUUCCUGCUACAAACUUGUUUUUCUAUGUCGGCUUUGUAAUUGCAGAGCGAGUGUUGUAUAUUCCUAGUAUGGGCUUCUGCCUUCUGAUUACAGUGGGUGCCAGAGCCCUUUAUGUCAAAGUACAAAAGCGGUUCCUCAAGAGCCUGAUUUUUUAUGCUACAGCUACGUUAAUUGUUUUCUAUGGACUCAAGACUGCUAUCAGGAAUGGAGACUGGCAGAAUGAGGAAAUGCUGUAUAGGUCAGGGAUAAAAGUAAACCCAGCUAAAGCAUGGGGUAACCUUGGAAAUGUUCUGAAGAGUCAGAGCAAAAUUUCUGAAGCUGAAAAUGCCUAUAGAAAUGCUUUGUACUACCGCAGCAACAUGGCUGACAUGCUGUAUAAUUUAGGGUUACUUCUACAGGAGAACAGCAGGUUUGCAGAAGCACUACAUUAUUAUAAAUUGGCGAUUGGGAGUAGGCCUACACUGGCUUCUGCAUAUUUAAACACAGGAAUUAUUCUAAUGAACCAAGGAAAGACAGAAGAAGCCCGACGAACAUUUUUAAAGUGUUCUGAGAUUCCCGAUGAAAACUUGAAGGACCCUCAUGCACACAAGAGCUCUGUUACCAGCUGUCUGUAUAACCUGGGAAAGCUCUACCAUGAGCAGGGACACUAUGAGGAUGCCCUUGGUGUAUACAAGGAAGCAAUUCAGAAAAUGCCAAGGCAGUUUGCUCCACAAAGCUUGUACAACAUGAUGGGUGAAGCAUAUAUGCGAUUAAGCAAACUCCCCGAAGCAGAGCAUUGGUAUAUGGAAUCACUGAGAUCCAAGACCGACCACAUCCCUGCUCAUCUCACCUAUGGCAAACUAUUAGCUCUAACAGGUCGUAAGAAUGAGGCUGAAAAGUUCUUUUUGAAGGCCAUUGAGCUGGAUCCCACCAAAGGAAACUGUUACAUGCAUUAUGGUCAAUUUCUUCUGGAAGAAGCUCGCCUCAUCGAAGCAGCUGAGAUGGCAAAAAAGGCAGCUGAACUAGACAGCACGGAAUUUGAUGUUGUCUUCAAUGCUGCCCACAUGCUCAGACAGGCUAGCCUCAACGAAGCAGCUGAGAAGUAUUACGAUCUGGCGGCCAGGCUGAGGCCUAAUUAUCCGGCUGCUCUGAUGAACCUGGGAGCCAUCCUGCACCUCAACGGCAAGCUCCAGAAGGCCGAGGCCAACUACCUGCGGGCGCUGCAGCUCAAGCCGGAUGAUGUCAUCACGCAGUCCAAUCUCCGCAAAUUGUGGAACAUCAUGGAAAAGCAAGGCCUGAAGACUUCUACGACCUGACACAGGAGGGCAGUAUCUCGUCUUGCACUUUUGAAAGCUGGCUUCAUAAACAAACAGAACUUCCUAGCAGUGCUGUGGCAAGACUCGUUUUAAACUUUAUGACCAGGGACAGAAGUUCCCGAGGUCACUGCCACUUCAGGGAGAAUCCACUUUGCUGUUGGCACAGCCAUAAACACCAAAAAGGGGAACAUUGGUAACCUCCUGAAGGAUGUAACUGUUACCCAUUGAACUGUAAACCAGAGCACUUAAAACAGGAUCUUUUGGCAUUCUUUCAAAAGGGGUGGGGCCGGGGGGAGGAUCUGAGUUAAGGAUGGUGCUCAUUUUUGAAAGCUAAUUUCAAAAUUGUUCCAUAAACACUGUGAGAGGAAGUCAGAGUGACCAUUCAGCCACAGUAAACUAUUAAGGUCAGGCGUUAAUAGGGAGUAAGCUGGCUGGUUGUCCUAAUGCUGCUGUCCUCCCUCCUUGGGGCAGCCUGUUUAUCAAUUUCUCAACUUGAAAAACUUUUUUUUUUCUUUUUCCUUUUGAUAUUGCUAUGUCAGGAUCUGUCAGAAUCGGCACCUGUUUCCUGGCUAGUGCCCAUAAUAUUUUAUGAUUUAGAUGUCACAGAUUUUUCUCCUUCACACAUUCUUUCCUUUUCAUGUUCUGAAAAGAAUAUCAGAGAGUAGGACUAACCACACUUUACACUGAUGUUGUAAGAGGAACUGGGAAGGCCUUAUGACUGUCAGGCAGGCCUGUCAAUGUUGCCAACAUUUUUCCCAAAACUGGCUAGUAGAAUUCAUUGUAUUAAUUCUCAGGCUUCUGAAAUGACCUUUUAAAAUAGCUAUUUCUAGUUUACGCAUGCUUACAUAAGGAUUAUAUCAAAGGGAAGUUGAUAAAUAUUCUGAUUGCAAUAAUUAAGCAGCAGCUAUCUACAAAAGGGAGGUGAUUUGUGCUUCCCAUAAUAUUACUGAUUCAAAAAUCCAGUGUACCCAAAGGAGUGUGAAAUAAUAGUUGCCAGUGAUUUUGCAUUUUAGAAAGACUUGGUAUGGAAUGCUAAAUCACUUUCUAAUAUAUACCUAAGCAUCAAAGCUGAUAAGUUUUCAAGAAAUAAUUUUUAUCUUAUUCUUACUUUGUUCUUCCUAUAAGAUGUCAAAAAUGACUUAUUUAAGCUGAAAUAGAGUGUAGCGUUACCUGCGUGUUUCUAGGUCUUUUGCCAAAUGCUUUCUUCAGCUGAAAACUAUUUUUCACUAGCAAAUUUGGUAUUUUAUUUCAUUACCUGUUAUUAACAACUUCAAUGAUUGUUUCAGGAGUUAAAGACUAUAAAUGAAGGUAGAGAAGAACGUUUAAUGAAAUUUUUUGUGCUGCAGUAAAACUUUGCUACUAAACUUGGCUACUAAAAAUUAAUUUCAUAGAACACCAGUCUAUUUUCAAGUUCUUCAUAGAGAAAGUAGCUAUAGUAUACCCUAUUUAUUUAUUUAUUAUUCUACCACAUCAAAAUGACAGUAUAAAACUUAAAGUCAUUAAACCAGUUCUUUGCGACUUAAAUUAGCUUUUUUUCCUUUCCUUUUACACUCCAUGUAUAUAUGAUCAGCAUCCUUAUUAAAGGGAAGCUGGACAUGCAAACACAACAUAUUAUGUUUUCUCCAUAUUUUAUGUUUUGCCGUGUAUCUGAAUACAAUGGGAUAAGGAAUUUAAAGUAGGGCCCCUGUGGCAUUAAUGUUUCUGUGAUAAGGGCAUAUGUAGUGAGAGGUUUUUUUAAUGGCAUUGUUAAGACCCUCCUAAACAUGUAUAUUAUUAUAUUAUUUUGUGAACAUUUCAUUGACAGGCCAGAAGUUAAAUUAUAACUAAAUCAUUGUGUUUUCAGAAUAUUUAACACCACCACCAACAAAUCCGUGGUCAAACCAACAUAGUAGGUUGAAGUGUGUUUUUCAUCUUCUAUUGCAUUGGCAAUUGCAAAAUUAAAAAAAAAAAAGAAUUUAAUAUAAGACUAUGAGAUGAAUUCAAUGUCUAACAUUUUUAUUUAUUUAAAUAGUUAUUGACCUAUCAUAACUUCCUGAUCUUAACCUUUUAUGUUUUUUUAUUGUUAUUCUUCUUCCUUUCAAACACUUAAUUCUUAAUAUGUUCACUGAUUGCAAAGUAGAGGCUCUCCAUGUUGACCCAGUUCCCAAGUAGCAUUCAUAAUUGGGCCUGUGUCACAAAAUGCAUGGAUCUUUAAUAACUAAUUGUCCCUGACACCUUUUAUACAGGGCUGGGCUUAGUAACUGACCAAG